CCCUCGCCAUUAUUUAUCCCCUCGCGCUCUCCACAACAACCGUCUCCGCCUCCUCCUACGCCGCCGCCGCCGCCGGAUUCGCUUCCGCUACCGGCGGCCGCCUCCAUUCCCGCACCACGAUUGCAGCAACCGCAACACCAGUAACGCCUCUCCCCAACGGGAAGAAUCCAUUUCGACCAGUCCACGGCUCCACGCAUCGGGGGCAGGGCACCCCCAUCUUUGACUUGGACUGCGCGUCCAGAUCUAGGCGAGCGGACCGAGGGACGAUGAACGGAGGCGCCGCUCCACCGGCGGCUGCAGCGGCGGCCGCGACGCCGCCCCACCGGCGCCUUCCGGACUUCCUCCAGAGCGUGAACCUCAAGUACGUGAAGCUGGGGUACCACUACCUCAUCACCCAUCUGCUCACGCUGAUGCUGCUCCCGCUCAUGGCCGUGAUCCUCCUCGAGGCCGGGCGCACCGAUCCCAACGACCUGCGCCAGCUCUGGCUCCACCUUCAGUACAACCUCGUCUCCGUGCUCGUCCUCUCCGCCGUCCUCGUCUUCGGCUCCACCGUCUACGUGCUCACCCGUCCCCGCCCCAUCUACCUUGUUGACUUCGCCUGCUACAAGCCGCCCGCCCACCUCCAGGUCCACUUCGAGGAGUUCAUGCACCACUCCAAGCUCUGCGGCUUCUCCGACGACGCGCUCGAGUUCCAGCGCAAAAUCCUCGAGCGCUCCGGCCUCAGCGAGGAGACCUACGUCCCCGAGGCCAUGCACGCCCUCCCGCCCCAGCCCACCAUGGCCAACGCCCGCGCCGAGGCCGAGGCCGUUAUGUUCGGCGCGCUCGACAACCUAUUCAAGUCCACCGGCAUAAAGCCCAAAGACGUCGGCAUCCUCGUCGUCAACUGCAGCCUCUUCAACCCCACGCCGUCCCUGUCAGCCAUGAUCGUGAACAAGUACAAGCUCCGGGGGAACAUCCGGAGUUUCAAUCUCGGAGGGAUGGGAUGCAGCGCUGGGGUCAUCGCCGUCGACCUCGCGCGCGACAUGCUGCAGGUGCACCGCAACACCUACGCCGUGGUCGUCAGCACGGAGAACAUCACCCAGAACUGGUACUUCGGGAACCGCAAGGCGAUGCUGAUCCCCAACUGCCUCUUCCGCGUCGGUGGCGCGGCGGUGCUGCUCUCCAAUCGCGACGCCGACCGCCGCCGCGCCAAGUACCGCCUCAAGCACGUGGUGCGCACGCACAAGGGCGCGGACGACAAAGCGUUCAACUGCGUGUACCAGGAGCAGGACGACGAGGGCAAGACCGGCGUGUCGCUGUCCAAGGACCUCAUGGCCAUCGCCGGCGGCGCGCUCAAGACGAACAUCACCACGCUGGGCCCGCUCGUCCUGCCCGUCAGCGAGCAGCUCCUCUUCUUCGCCACGCUCGUCGCCAAGAAGCUGUUCAACGCCAAGAUCAAGCCUUACAUCCCGGACUUCAAGCUCGCAUUCGAGCACUUCUGCAUCCACGCCGGCGGGCGCGCCGUGAUCGACGAGCUCGAGAAGAACCUGCAGCUGAGCCCGGUGCACGUCGAGGCAUCCCGGAUGGCGCUCCACCGGUUCGGCAACACGUCGAGCAGCUCCAUUUGGUACGAGCUCGCCUACAUGGAGGCCAAGGGCCGCGUCCGCCGCGGCCACCGCAUCUGGCAGAUCGCGUUCGGCAGCGGGUUCAAGUGCAACAGCGCGGUCUGGCAGGCUCUGCGCAACGUCAAGCCGUCGCCCAACAGCCCAUGGGAGGACUGCAUUGACCGAUACCCGGUGGAGCUCGUCGAUGGCUUCCCCAUACACAAGCCGCAGCAAUAGCAUCCACAUGACCACAUCCAUCGAUGCUCCAAUACAGAAAUCUUAGCUCGGAUCCGGUCAAAUCCUCAUAUGGCUACUAGUGACAUACUUGGGUCUGCUUUUCCAGGGCAUAAUUGCAUUCGGAGAAUCUCCAGGCUCGCUGCAAGUCUGCUCUGCUCUGUUAGCAUUGGAUCGUUGGUCUGUACUUCAUGGAUCAUCUGGCCUGCGAGAGCAUGGGGGCCCUGCCUGCCUCUGCACCUUGCGGUAAGUUUGCAGUAGCAGAGUGCUGACGAGUUAAGAUAGCUUAUCGUUGUAUGUACAUUUGUCUUUUUAGCCAUUGCUGCCGAUUGUCAUUUACUCCUACUAGACAGUGGUCCAUAGGAGGGGCCAUUCUUUUCUUUUUACAGAGGGAUUCAUGUUGAUGACGAAGGGUGUCUUGUACGGAUCGAUGGAGCGUGUAUUUGUCCUGUUCAAUUGGAAAUCUUGCUCUUUCUUAGCUAUGUUACCUUGUUACUUAUCGAUGGAGUAUGUAUUUGUCCUGUUCAAUUA